AUGCCGCGAAAUAUUGCUCAACAUAUAGCCGCCAUUUCGCUAGUGAAGCAAUUAAGGAAGAAGACGGGCAAUGAGGAUAUUCCACUCUUUACUGCAGAUCCUGAAUAUGGAGACGAGCACAAGAAAGCUCUCAAGACAUUACCGUCACCUCUUAUUAACUUUACCGUUCUCGAACCAGGAUACGGUAUACACGAGCAAUUUACAUAUAUCGAUGACGAAACUUUGGUUUUCGAUAUGGCUGGGCCGCCCCAAUGUCCUACGAUGAGAAUAAUCCAAGAGUUUGCUCGACCAGUCGCGAUUAUCACCGGGGAGGUUCCUCGCAGAGGAAAGUUUGAGGAUAGGCUCUGGUUUGAGGUCCCAGAGAACGGCAAGGGAAUACCAAUACCGGGGUGCGCCCACCUACCUCUCCCCGAUGGCUGCUUUCGAUUCGGCGGACUAUGCCCGAGACGGGUCAGAGACAUGAUCGUCUACGAAUACAAACAAGAAAACAAGUUUCCCGCGGAAAAGGAGGCGUUUGCGCGGAAAUGGGGUGCGUGCGACUUAGUGAACUACGGAGAUCGGGAAAAAUUAGACGCCCAGGUCGGCGCGUACUGGCACACCGAUACUCGUUUUCUACAGUAG